UCUAAAUACUUCUGGCACCACUGGGGUCCUUCCUUGGAGGUACGUCAUGUCCAUGAAGGAUCAUUUUAGAGGUCCUUAAACGACCUUUAAAAGCCACUGAAAGCUGAUGGAGUUGUUUGGAUUUUCCUUGACGGUGCUUUCUUGUAGAUCCAUGGAGAAUGUGGAUCCUUGGAGGCAAAUGAAGGCCUCUCAGAAGAUUAAAGCGCCCUGUAAGAUGAUGGAGGUCCCUGCUUGGCCUCAUGGUUGCUGGCCCUUUAAGGGGAGCGGGAGGGGGCGCGGAGCAUCUUGGCUGCGGUGUUUUUGUCUCUCUCUGUCAGUGAGCGCUCCUGGGCCGAGGCGGCUGAAAGGAUUUCCAAAAGGACAGGUGGUGAGCGUAAGAGUGCACCAAAAGGAAGGGAGAGCAAGGAGCCUGGGGAGGAGAGAUCCCGUCCUUGCAGUGCAAGCAGCUGAACUCUCCACAGGUGAGAGUUAGUGGAUGACUGUUGGAAAUAGCUGCCACACGCUCAUUAUGGCUCAGGUGCUGCAUAUGGACCCCGGCUUCCCAGGGAAACUCAACCCGCCUGCUCCCCCUUCCCUGCACGGCAAAGAACAGGAGGCGCCCUACUCAGUGGAGACCCCCUAUGGCUACCGUCUGGACCUAGACUUCCUCAAAUAUGUUAACGACAUAGAGAAGGGAAACACUAUCAAGAAGGUGCCUAUCCAAAGGCGGCCACGCUAUGGCUCCCUGCCUCGUGGUUAUGGCUACGCCGGCUCCUGGUGGACCUCAACAGAGUCUCUGUGCUCCAACACCAGCAUGGACAGCCGACACUCCUCCUUUUCCUACUGUGCCCCAGGCUAUCACACAUCACAGAGGCCCAACUUCAGCACUGCCCGGGUGGAGAAAACUCUGUUGGAUGCACGCAGGAAGCUGGAGGAGGAGAAAGAGGGGCGGAGAUUCUCCAACCUGGGCAACAUGCACAGCAGUGUAGCAGGCUCCAACACCUCUCUCAGCAGUGCGCACAGCUUCAACCGAGCCCAGAGUGGAUCCUUUACCCCAAUGAGUUCUGGCCUGUCCACCCCAGUGACCCCAACACCAGCCCACCUGCAGCAUGUCAGGGAGCAGAUGGCUGCUGCCCUCAGGAAAAUAAAAGAGCUUGAAGAGCAGGUGAAGACCAUCCCUGUGCUGCAGGUCAAGAUCUCUGUGCUGCAGGAGGAGAAACGGCAGCUCAGUGUCCAGCUGAAGAGUCAGAAGUUCCUUGGCCAUACUCUGGGUUUCAGCAGAGGUCGUCCUCGCGGAGAGCUCUACAUCGACAUCCCUGAAGAAGAGGUGAGCAAUGGAGCUAAGAGCAGCAGCAAGCCAGCAGGCCCACUGUCUCCCACCACACCCGAAGGCACAAAGCAAGACUCGGGGUGUGAGAUUGAGGACACAGUGAUUGUGGGUGGAGCACGACCAGAUGCAAAGCGGGAACUUCGCACUAUUGGAGUGGGACCAGAGAACUCAAGGAGCAGUCAGGUGGGAGUCGGAGUUCGGGAGGAGGAUUUGGGGCUGCUGCCAGAGACAGAGGCUCUUAGGAAUCAAGUGGGUCAGCUUGAGGGCCAGCUAAAGAGGACGAUGCAGGAGCUGCUGACUGCACAGCAGCAGGUUGCAGCAGUCCAGAAGGCCCCUCAGGCAGAGCAUCCAGUCAUGGCUACCAGCAUGGGCUGGCAGGAGCCACAAGACUGCAGCCUGCACACUGUGGUCAGCUUCACACAGCUGCCCCAACAGAGGGAACAGAGAACUGUGGGAAUCCAGGUGUACACACUGGAGCAGCCUACUGUGGUGGAGGUGGGCACUCUGCUCCGAGCAGAGACCUGCAGCUCUCCCUCACUUCAACCAGCUGGUGGAACUGUGGAGGCCGACCACAGAGGACAAUCUGAAGAUGCUCCAGUUGAGUUGCCAAUUGCAGUCAGCUCCAAGCAGGUGCGCGAUGUCCUGAAGAGCGAGUUGUCCACUUCGGUACCUGUAGCUACUCCUGUCAUUGCUGUAGGCACGUCUGGUAAUCAGAUUAGUCUGCUGCAUUCUCAAGAAGGAGAGACACACCUGCAUACAUCCACAGAGGUUGUCCAGUCACAAGAAGGCCCUAAAACAGCCUCAUCUCCGCAGUCUUCUCUGAGGUCCAUUAUGAAGCGGAAAGCAGGUGAACCAGGAUCUCCCACCACAAAGAAAAAUCUACAGUUCACUGGAGUCAAUGGAGGCUAUGAGUCCACAUCAUCAGACGACAGCAGCAGCGAGAGCUCAGAUGAGGGGAGUGACUCCAGCGAAUAUCAUGAAGCCAGAGAAAAACUACCAGACUCAAUCCAGCACCAGCAAAUAAUCCACAACAAGGCUUCCCAGCCACCAGAAAGCAACAGUGUACCUCAACAGACUGCAGUCAAACUGCCAGCCGUCAUUCCAGACUCACAGGAGAGUCCCAACCAGUCUGCAACUGUAGACACAAGACUGCCAGAUAAAGCCUCCCAGUCACCAGCAACGGACACUGUUGUAGAAAAUUGUGCCUCACAGUCACCAGCCUCCAACUCCACUCUAACUCCUCCAUGUCCAGCAAACGACUCUGCCCCUAAAGAGACUGUCAACCAGCCUUCAGAAAAACACUCAGUCACCCAGGAGAUCACCUCCACAUCAUCAAGCACUGAAUGCACUCCUGAACAAAGCUCCAUAGCUACAAGUUCUUCAUCAACAUGUGUCACUAAAACCACUGAGAUUAGCACGCAGCAAUUUAACGUCCAGUCAGAAACGACCAUCCUCUCUAGCCAGUCAGAUAUAAAGCCAUCAGCUGAAAGCGUCACACACGACACCGCAACAGCUUCGGCCAAACAAGUCAGACUGGACUUGAGUGACAGCCUGAAGUCAGCCCUUCAUGCCCUGCAGAAAGCCCUGGGGGAACCCAAUGCCUUCAGUCAACAAGGAGCAAGGGCAGCCUACACCACCGUGCUGCAGGAAUGGCUCCGUGUGUCCUGUCACAAAGCAGCGGACACGGUGGUUGUCAAGGCCUACAUGAGCACCUUCGCCUCUAUCUCCCCUCAGCUGCUGGAGUUUGUGAUCAACAUGGCAGACGGCAACGGGAACACAGCUCUCCACUACACCGUCUCCCACUCCAACUUCCCUGUGGUGAAACUGCUGCUGGACACUGGCCUGUGUAAUGCUGACAAGCAGAACAAAGCAGGCUACACGGCCAUCAUGCUGACAGCUCUGGCUGCCUUCCACUCUGACAGUGACCUUCAAACUGUCCUGCAGCUGCUGCGCACAGGGGAUGUCAACGCCAAGGCCAGCCAGGCCGGUCAGACAGCACUGAUGCUCGCAGUCAGCCAUGGCCGAGGGGACAUGGUGCGGGCACUGCUAUCUUGUGGGGCACAAGUCAACAUCCGAGAUGACGACGGCUCAACAGCGCUCAUGUGUGCCUGCGAACACGGUCACGUGGACAUUGUGCGUCAGCUACUGUCUGUGCCAGGCUGUGAUGCCACUCUCACCGAUAAUGACGGCAGCACUGCUCUGUCCAUUGCCCUGGAGGCCAGCCAGAAUGACAUUGCCGUGCUUCUGUAUGCUCACCUCAAUUUUGCAAAGCCUCCCUCCCCUGUUUCACCGAAGUCUCCUCUCUUGGGUUCCUCUCCUCCUGCCGGGGAAACAAAAUAAAACCAGCUCCUUUUGCAGAUGACAGCAACUCUACAGCCUACAGUCCACAGCAACUACUCAUAAUACAGUGUGAUUUUCUUCCAUCUGUGUAAUUAAGAGAAACAUCAAGUUUGUGUGUGUGUUUGUUUUCACCCUCCAUAAUUUAAGUACAUUAUAAUGUGCAGAUAAUUACAUGACAACUUCACCAUUGUUAUCCAUUUCUCUCUUCUUCUUUUUUUUUUUCUUUACAUGGAUGAAAACAUGGAUUUCUUGUGUGGUACAAUCUGAAAUCUAGUGGUUGUAUUGACAUCAUUCCAGUCCCUGUUUUUAGUGGCACAAGUCAAAACGGCUCACUAAAUUACAGUAUACAGUCCAUUAUUAUGCACUUGUUGUUUUAUUCCAUAUGAAUCUAAUAUUAGUUGCUUCAUAGAACGAUGUGUUUUCAUUGUAAUGUGUACAAUAGCUCUACACAGUAGCAUCAUUAUGUGUGUGACCAUCACAUCAUUUGGAAUAACAAAAGCCACCCCUCUGAUGGAUAAGUGUCCUUGCAUCAGCUAGCUCAUUGGUGCUACAAACAUAUAUUUCAGAAAACACCACUUCAACAGAAUAUCAAUAUUUAUACACAAGAUUUAUUUACUCUAGAGUAUUUUUGAUAUUGAUUUUUUUUUAUUAAUUCAGGACCUUCAAUGAUCACAUUUUUUUUACAUUUCUGAAGCAAUGGCUAACUUAUUACCCUUAAUACCUUUUUUAACCAGAGGACAAAAAAUAAUUUUAUGUUGACCACGUUUCCCAAAAUAAUCCCAAAGAUGCAUCUCUCCUAUCAGCUCUGUGACACUGUAUAUUGUGGUGGUAAUAUUAACACAGGCCUAGCAUCAGUGUGAAGGAAGAAAAAGGUUAACAUUACUCUUUGAAGGCUUUGGUACUAUGGUUUUUGUAUUUUUUGUAUGUGAAGGUGUUUUGGAUGGUUGUAAGGAAAGAUCAGAGUGUAUCUGUGUUUGUAAUAUUCUGUGCUUAUAAGAUUUAACAUGAUUUUGUUGAGAAAUGACGGAAAGCACUGGUGAAGCCACCUCUACUGUGGUCCUGCCAGUAAGAUUUGUCAGGGAACCAGAAAGUGACUGAUUGGGGGCUUUAAAAGGACGUGCCAUGUAAGAUGUGAAUAUCAAAAUAAUAUAUGUCAAUAUAAACUGGUAGUUAUUCUGCCUAAAUCUGAUUCAGACUCCUUGAAAAAAGUGCAUAGGCUAUUGAUGUCAAAAUUUCUAUUACUUUUUAAAUAUUUUUUUUUCACAAUUUUCAUAUUCACUUUUAAACAAUUGCAUUUUUAUAAAAUUUCAAGUUUUUAAUUUAAGUAUCUGUCUUUUUAUACAUUUAGAAAUUUUAAGCUCACACCUACUUUAUGUAAUCUCACAGCUCUUUAGUUUAUGUUUUUAUGAAGGUUUAUGUAAAAUUCUAGAUUGUUUCUCAGUUAAUUAAUAAAUGUG